AAUUGACCUUCUUUGCUUCAUCAACACACCAACAAUGCCAAAGUUGAAAAAUGAAAUUGCAGCCAUCACGGAACGCGCCUAUGGUAAUUGGUUCCUUACAUCAAAAGACAAAUCUUUUUCAGCAUUCGUUUCUAAAUUUACCAUUAUUUCAAAAGUUCAGGCCGACGAACUUUAUCGGGGUCUUCUUCAAAACACCCGACUUGAACAAGGAAAAAGAAAAAAGUUGAACAAGAAAUACCAACAAUGGAUUGACACCAAAUCUCUCAGUUUCUGGUUGACCUAUUUGGAUGGUUUGACUUCGAAAAAAAUUUUAAAAGUACAUUUAUCAUUCCACAUUAGACAAGAAAUGACAACAUGGACGUACAAGGAUCACAAUUAUUUUCAUUAUUUCAAACAGUUUAUUCACUCCUCACCUUUUUUUCCUCUACAUGGAAAGGGCUAUGUCGAUCUAACCAUUCAUUUCGAAGACCCGAGCUCUUUUCUUUAUUUUUUAAACGCCCAGAACAAAAAGGCUUUUAAACACCUUAAAAAAACCCUCGAGAUUGAAUCAUACAUUUCAACGUCUUUCCCCGAAUUUGAUUCAAUUUGUACGUCCAUCUUUUCUCCGAGCGUUAUAACAUUUGACGAAGCAAAGCAAUCAAUAAGAGAAGCAGUGCUGAAAAACAUGAACAAUUCUAUUUUGGAUUACUUUAUGGAGAUCCUACUUUCAUAGUAAGUCUCUGAUAUUUAAAAGCAAAAACGUUGGCAGAUCAAUAGAGCCCUUUUAAAUCCCGAUUCCUUCUUUUCUUUAGUUGCCACCAUUUCCGAUAUGCCGAUUGUGUCUCUAGCUCUCUAAAUGAGAGAGAAGUAUUUUCGGACUUCACCUGGAAAUUCAU